CGAUUGGCUGCGUGACGUCAACGCUGCAGGGUUUAACGCAGCGCCUCCGUGUCCUUCAUCAUCACCUCCAUCCUCAUCAUCCUCGGUCCGAUCGAUACUCGGCAGCAUCUUCAUCCUCUUCAUCCUCAGCGUCAUGUCGGGAUCAAAGGAGGAGCCCCGCCGCGUGUCCGGCGACUGGCGCGAGUUCUUCUGGAACGCGCGCACGCACGAGCUACUGGGACGCACGGCCACGAGCUGGGGUCUGGUCCUGCUCUUCUACCUGGUCUUCUACCUGUUCCUGGCCGGGAUGUUUGCCUUCACCAUGUACAUCAUGCUGCUCACGCUGGACGACUACAAACCCACCUGGCAGGACCGCCUGCUCACCCCAGGGAUGAUGAUCCGCCCCAAAGGGGACCAGCUGGAGAUCAGGUACUCUGUAUCGGACACUGAGAGCUGGGAGGACUUUGUCCAGAAUCUCAACACCUUCCUGUCCUGUAAGAAGCUCCUCAGACCAUCAGCUUACUGGGAGAAUUUCCAACCACUGAAUGCCGAUUGUCCCCCUGAUCAGUAUUUCAUCCAGGAGGACAGUGGAGAGGUGAGGAACAAUCCCAAGCGGUCCUGUCAGUUCAACCGGACCAUGCUGGGGGACUGCUCAGGGCUUGAGGACCGUUUCUAUGGUUACAGCAAAGGACAGCCCUGCAUCCUGAUCAAACUGAACCGGGUGAUCGGGAUGCUGCCUGGGAAGGACGGCCAGUCUCCUUAUGUCAGCUGUGGAGCCAAGAACGAGGACAGUGAGAAGAUUGGACCUCUGGCUUAUUUCCCUGAUAACGGAACCUUCAACCUGAUGUACUACCCGUACUACGGGAAGAAGGCCCAGGUGAACUACACUCAGCCUCUGGUGGCCGUGAAGUUCCUAAACGCCUCUCUGAACACUGACAUCAACGUGGAAUGUAAGGUGGUGUCCAACACCCUGCAGGCCGGCAGUGAAAGGGACAGGUUUGCAGGACGGGUUUCCUUCAAGCUGAGGAUCAACAACCAAUAAACUUAGAGAUGCACAAAGACAGAAUCCUUCA